CGCCUGUCAAUACAUAAAAUUGGUACUUGAGAGUGCUGUAAUUUUCUAUUCUGUUGCCUCCUCCUCUCAUGUCGGCAUACUCGAACACAAUUCGAGUGCUCUCGCGCUCUCGCAUUCAUACAUCCAAGACGCUCCUUCCGUUCCUCUACCAAACAGCGACGAUCCAGCAAUGGAAGCCCACCGCAUACCCAAUUGCCCGUCGAAACAUCUCCCGCCGAUCGGGCGACGGAAACGACGUGCCGUUUGAGCACGACGCACACGAUGUGCCGUUUGAGGGCGAAGGCGAUAGCUUGCCUCCCACCCUCGAAGAAGCUGCGUCCGCACGCAAGACGACAAUUACGGGCUCCGAGCGCGAGGCUUUCGAGAGCUUGUACAAGACGUUCACUGCGAAGGGGAAAGCUAAGAAGAAGAAGGGCUAUGGGGAGGAGCCUGAUGAGGUGGCUGAUGAGUACUACGAGGAAGACGACGAGCCCUCGGAGUCGAUGGAUAAGAUGUUCGAUGCUGUGUUGAAGGGGUCGCCGCAGCUGCUGGAGGGCACGAGGUACAAGCCGGAUAAGAGGAGUAUCGGGACAAAGCCGAAGAAUCCACUGGAUUUGAAUGCAUUGGCGGAGGAGAUAUUGAGGGAUGGGAAGAAGAAGAAGAAGAAGGAGAAGGAGAAGAAAGAGAAGAAGGCUAGCGACACGAUCACCCCAGAGGAACGCGACAGGAUGGCAAUUGUGCGGGAGAAUGCCAAGAUGGAUGGAGAGCUCCGGCACAUGACUAGCGAGGAAGUCCUCGCUGCCGUUCGAGCUGCAGACUGGGGGGACGAGGACGAGCCGGAGGAGACAGCGUACCGGCUCAGACGGCCGUCGAACAGGUCACAGGCCGACGACGCAGCGAAGACCCGGGACCUGAUAGCCAGCGAGCGGACUAGAGUUGACAGUUUGCUCGAGAAGGCGCAGACAGACAAGGAACUCUGGGACAUUCUCGAAAAGGAAGUCCUCAACCCGGUUUGCAAUCUCGACCUAGACGGCACAAAGAAGAAGCCAUCCACGCCUGAGAGCGACACCGCCCCAACUCCCAAAAAACGCUCCACCCCCGCAAACCCGGACGUCCUCUUCAAAAACUACCCCCACCAUCUAAUAACCGCCAUCACCACACUACGCGAGCACUUCCCCGCCUCGCCCCUCCCCCUAACCAUAGUCCCCACGAUAAAAGCCCUCGGCCGCUCGCCCUACGCCCUCGGCGCAACAACAACACUCUACAAGCACCUCCUGCGUACCGCCUGGUUGCAGCAAAGCUCGUACCCGUACAUCGACGCGCUGCUCACGGACAUGAACAACGGCGCGAUAGAAUUCGACGCCGACGUCGUCGCGCUACUCGACUCGAUACUCAACGAAAACGACGUGAUUAAUACGGGCCGCUUGGGCAGGGAAAUGGAAAUGGUGUACGGUAUGGACUCAUUUGUCGAGGGCAUCGCGAAGAUUAGGCAGUGGAGAGAUGUGAUUGCCGGGAGGGUGGGUGUUCCGCGUGGGGAGGCGAAGCCGAGGACGAUGAGGGCGGUGACGCCGUUUUCGGCGCAGGGGCGCGAGAGGCCGCUGGUUAGGAAGUCGUUUUAUGAGGGGGAGAAGGGCGAAUUCAGGGAUAACAAUAACUUCAGAGACAACAAUAACGGCAGAUUUAACGACAACAACUUCAGGUACAACAACUUCAGGGACAACUCUUUCAGACACAGCAACAGAUUCACCGACGACAACUUCAGAUACACCCGCUUCAACACCAACACCAACACCAACACCAACACUAACUCCCAAACCGACACCCGCCCCCGCCACACCCGCAGAAAAGAAUCCCAAGAUACAAACCGCGUCUUCAAUCCCCUCGUCGAAGGCCGAAACGAUAUCCCCCCUUCCAAGCACAAUCCGCCUCAACGGGGGCCGUUGGAGCGGCCUGUGAGGGGGAGGAGCGUCGAUACGCCGAUUGAUGAUAUUGAUGGGUUGUUGGCGGAGGCGAGGUUUGGGGCGAGGUAGAGGUUAAGGAAAGUGUGAGUUGAGGGUGGAUGGGCUUAGGUGCUUGGGUAGUUGAAGGGCGAGUCACUGAAGUGGAUGAACAGAUGUUAUGCAUCUUAAACGAGGUGAAAUAGAAUAUACACAUAUUCAUAUUCUGCCUUGCAACAUGUGCCAAAAUAUUCUUCAGAUGAUGCUCUUCUCCCCGUCUCGCCUUGUUUCAUUCCAUCUCAUCACGUCUCUUGCCUUGCAGUAAUACUGACUGCGAUCUGCCAGCUUUUUGUCUGACACAGGCCACUCGGGUGUGAGAGCGAAAU